AUGCUCCGAGAGUGGCUGGAAGGGCUGCUAGACCCCAAAGAUGAUACGACCCGCAACGCCCAGUACACUACCGAGAGCGAGGCACUUUGGCUCGCUGUCGCCGAAGCCGAGAAUGGGGGCUUCGAGUUCCUCGACCAUCAGCGGUACCCUCAAGCUGUCGACGAACACCGACAACGACAUUCCCUGCCGCCGGACACUGACUGUUACCCCAUGCUGGCAUCUUUCACGGGAAACUCGGGCGCCGGCAAGAGUGCCCUCAUCAAUCUCCUCAUGAUGCACCCCUGGGAUCGCGCCAAUCGCUUGGGCGGGAAACAGCAACCGGAGGAGCAGAUGAUUCCCGUCAUUGGCAUCAAGGAAGGCUCCGUUGCGACAUCGACAGACAUCCAUCUUUGUUGCGACCCCAUUCCCACCGACAAACGCCGGCCACUCCUCUUCGCAGACUGCGAGGGGUUUCAUGCCGGCGAGUCGGACCCAGCGGCUCUCCGACAAGCAAAAGAACGGGGCCAGAGCAGCAUCAGGGCUCUCGGACGCACCAUCCGGUCUUUGAGCUAUCCUGGAAUCCAGGAAGGCCGGCAAGCUGCCGUGGCGGGCCUUUACCCGAAGCUGUUGUAUAACAUGGCAGAUGUCUUCGUUCACGCCAUCGAUGCUACUUCUGUCAAAUCGCUGGAGGAAGACAUUGCUAGCAUGCUUCAAUGGGCCCAAAGCUCCCAGAAGGCUGCUGUCAACCGAGCCAUCCUGCCGCACCUCAUUAUUGUCCUUAACCGGUCAACCACAGACGGCGACUGGGACCCUGCCGCCAAAACAGCCAAGAUCUUCCACGAACAGAGUAGAUCUCUGGACAGCAACAAGGUGAUUAGGGAGGAGCGACAGCGACUUGACGGCCUUGGUCAGAAGAUCAACACAUUGGAGGAGCUCCUGAACUUCUCAUACGCCUCCGUUAGAUUCAUCAAGCUUCCGCCAUCUACCCGACCCGUCCGCUCGACGCCAUGGCCUCUGGACAUAGAGAAGGAGGCGAGACUACGUACGAGGACUGGGUUGCGCGAGCCUUGGACAAGUUUCUUGACACUUGCUGCCCCUGCGAGUUUGAACGACAAGAAUAUUUCGUGUGUCAAUAAGCGGCUGGGCCAUGGCGAGAAGCACCAGAACGCCCGGGGAGCGAGCAUAGGGAUCGGUGGCUGGAUGUCGCUCCUUGCAGACUCCAUUCGGGACCUUUUCCUCCCAAAACUGAGGGAGCAUUGGAAGGACAUCCUGCAUCAGAUCGGCAAUGUCGACGCAAGCUCCAGGCGCGGCAGUAUCGAGACCUUGCAUCGAGAGCACGUGCGCGAACUGUUCAAAGUCGUUCCGCAUCCCGAAAAAUCGGAGCCCUUCAGCUGCGUUUGGUGCAUGGGGUAUGCCUCGCACGAGACUCUGCCCUGCGGGCACAGAAUAUGCAAAACCCGCAUUCCGUCAGCGGGCGACCAGUUUGCCGGCGACUCGAGAGUCACAGAGAUCAAGAACUGCGACCUACAUAAGUCCCCCAAAGCAUUCCCCGCCUUCCGCGUCUUGAUACUUCCCAACCACGUCGGCCGUCGCAUACUCACUCUCGACGGGGGUGGUGUCCGGGGGCUAGUGGAGCUCGUUAUAUUGGCUGAGCUGACAAGGUCGAUGGGCGUAAAAAUAAAAAGAUUAUAUGACACGGGUGCCCUCCAGGAUCAGCUCCAAAGCGCACUUGGUAACCAGCUACUGUCUGGUGCCAGGACACAUAAUUGCGAUCUGGACCUUGUUGUUUCGCCGAAGGUUUUCGUUACCGCUGUCGAGCAAACGAGGCGCAAGUGUGCGAUACUCGCAACUAUCAUGCGUCCUCAGACGGAUCUUGGCGUAAGUCGAAUCCUCCAGGCUUCUUCGCAGCUAUUCGAUACCUAUGCUAGUGUGCGCACGCAAAUCCGGCCAACUAUUGACCUUGAACACCCCUGUUUGACUACAGCCCACCCCUUCCUCGUGCCAGGCCCAAACAACCCUCUUGGAGACUUCGCGGUCUGGGAGGCUGCUAGAGUCACGUCGGCAGCCACCAAAUACUUCAACUCGUUCCGAAAGAAGCACGGGUGGUUCUUUUGGGACGGAGCCCUGGCCGCCAACAACCCGUUCUUGAUCGCCAUAUUCGAACGUGCGCGCCUGUCUAUGGACUCGGAAGAGGCGGCAAACAUGGACAUGCUGCUCUCCGUCGGGACUGGGCGCGCCCCCGCAAGUGACGAGGAUAUUUCCGAGUACAAACUCCCCUGGGCCCACUUCCGGGGUAUGUUCAAGCUGCUGAAGUGGUUCAUGACAAAGGGCCUAGAUGCCGAGUUUGGCUGGAAUAGUCGCUCACCUGGCAUCAACUGGGAUACGAUAUACCCGAGGAGAUACUUCCGCCUCAACCCCGAGUUUACCUCAGGCGUUCCAGAGUUUGACGAUGUCGCAGCCGUGAAGGAGGGCGCCACGGAAGCUUCGACAAGGGAAUACCUAGCUGCGCCAGAGUGCAGGAUGUAG